UCGUGUACGGUUUUUAGUUGUUGUCGUGCUGCCGUUAUAACUCGUGCGCGUCUUGAUACCCCACUGCCGGUCUCAACUCGUGCCACAAGCGUAUGUGGUUAGGCUUAGGACAACGUGGUCGGCGGUCGGCCGGCGGCAGGGAAGAGGGUUGCGCGUAUAAGUAUAGCCUUACUUACGACGGUGGCGAUAACAUUAACGACGUAAUAAUGUGAUAACGGACACACGGACUGUAAGAAGAGAAAAAAAAAACGGAACUCGAGGGAACGCCAUGCGGCGGUGGUAAUCCGAGCGUCCGGCUGGAAAUUACACCGUAAUCGCACACAAUAUUAUAUAUGUGUGUAAUGUGUACACGUGUGGGGUGAAUGCGCUGUACGCGUUUCACGUAUACGUAUUAUGCGGGCGGAUUUUGCGUACAAAAACGACUGGACCGUCGCCGUUGUGGGCCUCUAAACCUGACCGAGUCGGACCGCAACAUACGCGCGUUUUAACGACUCUCUUAAGGAAUAAAUUGUUUCCAGAACGAGCAUUGGAGAUGGCGAGGUUUCUUUUUCGAUUCGUGCAGAAAACACUUCUCGCAGUUUUAAACGUUAAAAAAAAGGAAUCAUUAUAACGGAGGAUAGCCGCAGCAAAACUAAUAUAAUCUGCAGGAUAGCACAAGCGAAAAGGGCCUUUCAAGACAAAAACCACAUACUAACAACCAAUAGCGUCAGCGUGGAAAUAAGGAAGAAAUUCCUAAAAAGUUAUAUAUGGAGUGUAGCGCUGUUUGGAUCCAAAACUUGGACAAUAAACUCAAAAGAAAAAAAAAACUAGAAACCUUUGAGAUGUGAUGCUUUAGGAAAAUGCUUAAAAUACCAUGGACCGAGAGAGUUACGAACAAUGAGGUACUAGAUAAAAUAAAGGAACAACGACAAAUAUGGAAAAGUAUUCAAUCCAGAAGAGGUAAGAUGAUAGGACACAUACUAAGGCAUGAAGGUUUACUAAAGAAAAUAAUCGAAGGAGAUGUUGAAGGACACAUUGCAAGAGGAAGACCAAGGGCAGAAUACAUGACACAGAUAAUGCAGGAUAUGAAUAAAGGAAAUUACAAAGACCUGAAGGAAUUGUCUUACGAUAGAGAAGCAUGGAGAGCUGCAACAAAUAAAUCCACGGAUUUAUAACUAAAAAAAAAAUAAUAAUAAAAUAAAUA